UUUUUUUUAAUUUUAGUUUUAAUUUUUAAUUUAAACCCUCGAUUUAUUUUUGUUGGCUGCGCCUCAGAUUUGUAUACUAAACUUUCCUUGUUAACAUAAUUUUCGGAUGCCUUAUAAUCGAAGGUAAAAUCAGCGCCACCCAAUAUCGAAUCUCUCUCAAACCCAUCCAACAAUUCAGGAACCCGAGACUAAUGGCAACUGCCACAAUGGCGACAGCAGCAGGUGCAGCCGCACUUUUGUAUUACACAUUAAACAAAAAACUGCAAUCGAAUCCUACAGCUGGCGAUGAUGACGAAAGCGAGAGUGAGGUACAAGCUCCGUUAGGGAUUGAGAGAGUGUCACAUAGGCUUAUACAAGCACCCGCAACUUGGUUAGAAACAAUUUCAACUCUAUCGGAAACACUUAGAUUUACUUACUCCGAAACUUUGGGAAAGUGGCCUAUCGGCGAUUUGGCUUUCGGCAUCAGCUUUCUCUUAAAAAGGCAGGGAUACUUACAUGCCAGCCGUGAAUUUGGUGGUAAAGAUAGUUUACAGCUUAGAGGACCCGAAAUAGCUGCGGAGCUAAAAUAUCUUUUGAAUUUGUUGACUCUGUGUUGGCAUUUCUCGAAGAAGCCGUUUCCGUUAUUUCUCGAGGAGACUGGCUAUUCUCAAGAAGAUGUUAUCCUCCAAGAACCUAAAGCCGGCAUUCUAAAACCAGCCUUUACUGUGUUGGUCGACCACAAGACUAAAAGUUUCCUACUGCUGAUCCGUGGGACCCACAGUGUGAAGGACACUUUGACAGCUGUCACCGGAGCAGUAGUGCCGUUUCAUCACACGGUGGUGUGUGAAGGGGGAGUGAGCAACUUGGUUUUAGGGUACGCACACUGUGGAAUGGUGGCGGCUGCUAGAUGGAUUGCAAAGCUUGCCACUCCUUGUCUUCUUACUGCACUCGAAAGUUAUCCCGAUUAUAAACUUAAGAUUGUAGGGCAUUCUCUUGGGGGCGGAACUGCCGCCCUUUUAACAUACAUUUUGCGGGAACGGAAAGAAUUGUCGAGUGCUACCUGCUUUGCAUUUGCUCCAGCUGCUUGUAUGACAUGGGAACUGGCUGAAUCAGGAAACGACUUUCUUACUUCUGUAAUAAACGGAGCUGAUUUGGUGCCCACAUUUUCAGCUGCUUCAGUGGAUGACUUGCGUGCCGAGGUGACAGCAUCUGCUUGGUUGAAUGAUCUGAGGAAUCAAAUAGAACGUACCAGAAUACUUAGUACGGUUUAUCGGUCUGCUUCAGCCCUUGGUUCUCGUCUUCCUUCAAUGGCCACUGCUAAAGCAAAAGUUGUUGGUGCUGGUGCAAUGCUACGUCCUGUUUCCAGCGGUACUCAGGUUGUUAUGAAGAGAGCUCAAACCAUGGCUCGAGCCGCGUGGGCCCGCCCCGGUCUUAGGAUGUCGUCAUGGUCUUGCAUAGGCCCUCGUCGUAGACCUUCGACAGCUCAGAUGAAUUGCCACGUCAGCGAAGAAGAUUCUCCAGAAUCUUCCGAGACUUUCCUCACAACCAUCGACGAGACCCAAACAGAGAUUCCGGUAUCUUCUUCACCCGAGGGCAGAAUGGGGAAUUCACAUCAAACGAGCGAAAUCACUCCAGCGGACAGUACGGAUAUCGAGUCCGACGAUGAUGACAUCGUCGAUGACGUAAAGUACGAGGAUCGGAUGACGGAGGUUGAACUGUGGCAGCAAAUCGAACGAGAGCUGAACCAACACUUGGAAUCCGAAGAAGAACAAGAAGAAGUUGACAUGGUUAAAGAAAUCAGGGAAGAAGAAGCUGCAGCCAUUGCAGAGGUGAGUGACCCUCAGUCUCAAAGCUCUGUUCCUAAUACAAAGGAGGUGCAUAGAUUUUUCCCAGCUGGUAGGAUAAUGCACAUUGUGACGCUCGGUGCUGACGAGGCGGGCCCGGAAACCCCGGAAAGUGGUAGCCCGAAUUCGAGUGAUUCGGGCCAAAGCCCGAAAGAAGAAGAACCGAAAGUUGCGAUUUUUCUCACUCCAAGGUCGGUUUACAGUAAGUUGAGGCUCUCGCAGAGUAUGAUUGCCGACCAUUUUAUGCCUGUUUAUAGACGGCAAAUUGAAGCAUUAAUUAGAGUACUGGAAAGUGACGAGAAUUUUUCUGAUAGUCGGGGAGUCGAAGAAAUUCAUUAAUAUUGUAUUUUUUUGUUUAGGUUUAAUAUAUUGUUUCUCAUCCCUAUUUUUUUGGUUUUAAUUAGGAUGAUUGUAUAUACAGUACAGAGUAAGUUCUUGAUUCUUUUACUCUUUAGUGAGAAAUGGUUCUUUGUAGAGGAUUUUGUUGUACAAUUCAAUCUGGCUCUGCCCUUGCUUAAUAACAUUUUAUUUUUUGGACUUAA